GCAACUCCGAAUUUAUUUGAUAGUAGUUAAGCGCUCCGGCGAUGUUGUAUUUGAGAAGUCUGGUAAAUGUAGCAGACAACUCAGGUGCUAAAAUAGCGAUGGUUAUUAAAAUUUUGGGUAAAAAAGCAGGCUCUCCUGGACAUAUUGGUGAUCGUUGCGUGGUUGUGUGUAAAGAAGUACGAAAGAAUAUCGCUACAGGAAAGCAAAAAGUCGGUAAAUCGGAUAUUAGACACGCCAUUAUCACAAGGACUAGAAAAGGCGCUUCUUGUUUUGAUGGAAGGCAUAUAAAAUUUGGAGAAAAUGCCGUCGUUCUUAUAGAUAAAAAAGGUUUCCACUUUAAAGAGCACCCAUAGGCACAAGAUUGCAGAAGCAAGGGAUUAUUGCCGAACUAUUACAACGAAAAAAUUUUCUCAAAUUACAAGCAUUAGCGCCUUUAAUAUAGAAUUUCUUCCUUUUAAGAAAAAAUUAAUUU